GGAAUCAUGAGGGAGGGAGAGGUCCUGGUGAUGAAAUGCAGCGUUACUUUGAGAGUUCGCUGGAUGAGAUUGACACGGUCGAGCCACUGAGACGAGCCCUUCGGCAGCUCAUGCAGUGCUCUAUUCUGGAGUAUCUGGCGGCAUCGAAGCCAGCCCGCGAUGAGUUACAGAUGAUCACACGAAAGACUCGCAUACCUCUAUCAGAGGAGGCUCAGGGGGCCCCUAAGGCGGAAGCUCCUACCGUAGCAGUAACGGGGAGGACUGCCAGAGCGGAUCGCAUGGCGACAGCCCUUCUUGAUGGGAUGGAAGGUGUGCCACCAAACAAGUUUUACAUACUUGGUAGUGGGGCCGUGGAGACGAUCAUAAACGAUGGAGCGGUAGUAGAUGUUGUGAUCGAUAACGGCAGUGAGGCUGUCAUUAUAGACGAGGAUCUGACAGUACAGGUUGGACUGGGCCUCGAUAGGUCAUACCUAUUCGAGAUAGAGACUGCUGAUGGGAGAAAGCAACAGAUCACUAGGGUUUGUCACAAGGCAGUCAUAGAGGUCCAAGGGGUACGAGUGACCCUGCCCGUCUUUGCAGUCAAGAACUGCAACUCCGAUCUGCUCUUGGGAAGAACGUGGUUGAGCCACGUGCAUGCGGUGACGAUAGAACGACCGGAUGGAAGCCAGACGUUGUCCAUUAAGAAGCUAGAUGGGACACGGGUUAUGAUUGAGACGGUGGAGCCUCGGGAUCCAAGGAAAAGAGUAGCUCUCGCAGUGGGAGCAAGACCCAAUGAUCAGAUUAAGUCAUUACCUAUCUCUGGCCGCGCGGUACGAUUUCGCGAGAAGAAGUAUGCACCACUGCUCACAGAGGAAGAAGGCCGGAUCGUGGAAGUGGAAGAUUUAGGGGGUCGGCGGAUACUGGACGGCAACUCGUACCCAAAGGAGACAGAUGAGGAAUUUGGCGGGGUGGUAUCUGUGUCUUUUUCAAGAGCACGGCCCCCUAUGGGGGGCUACCCAAGCGACACAAGCGAGUAGCUCAAAAAGUUAAGCCAGCGGCAGUGGGCCGCGAGCGAUCUCCACUGCAAGGGAUAUCGGAAGAAAAGAUCGCAAAAGAAAUC